AUGGAUGAGGCAUCAGUGACGGCGAUGAAAGACGCACAGGAGCAAGAAUCGAGACGUGACGACCCAGUGCAGGCGAGCCACAGUGGAGGCGACGAUGCAGUGACGGAAACACAUAGGGGCGAGACGAGGCAGGCCGCUCAACACGAGUGUGAGAGCGUGCCUCUGCGGAGGCUCAACGGGAUAGAGAAAAGUUCAGCUUCAGGAAUCAUGGGGCUUCACAGACGGGAGUUUGGGUUAGGACCUAUUGAUGAAUUCGAUGACUCUGCCAUUGGGCAUGAUUAUGAGGCUGAGUUACCUGGGAAGGAGAUUCCAGAUUUAUGGGAUGCUGGUGACCCUAUUUGUUGUUGCACAUAUUGUAACGCGAAUAUGUGGGAGCAAGAAAGACUAUCUCGCACAAAGGGGAAUGUAAUACCACACUUUGGUUCAUGUUGCAUGGAUGAGAAGGUUCAACUCCCUUUCUUUACAAAUGUUCCCAAAAUUCUUACAGACUUACAUCUACAGGAUGAUGAGAAAGGACAUUUGUUUAGGAAGAACAUUAGAUCAUUCAAUUCCAUGUUUUCAUUCACAUCUAUGGCUGAAAAAGUUAAUUAUAUCAUUAACAACAGUUCUGGUCCUCCAAGUUUUGUAUUAAGUGGUCAAAAUUAUCAUUCUAUUGGAAGUUUUGUCCCUAAUGAUAAUGAGAGACCUAAAUUUGCCAAAUAUAUGACACGGAGAAUGAGGUCAAAUAAGAAUGUUUCUAAUAUUGAAAGGAAAAGUAUCUCAACCUUGAAAGACAUGUUAGAUGCACACAACCCUCUCGCCAAGAUGUUCUGUUAUGCCAGGGAUAGAUUCAAGUUAGAUAAUGUUCCUGAUGUUAGGCUUAAGUUGAUUCGGAAAAGAGAUACGGAUGGAAGGAGAUACAAUCUGCCAACAGUAUCUGAGGUUGCUGCAUUGGUUGUCGGUGAUGUUGAUGACUCGAUUAUCGACAGAGAUAUCAUCAUUGAGUCAACUGCAAGACAACUAAAGAGAAUUGAUGUAUUGCAUCCUCAGUACCUUGCUUUACAGUAUCCAUUACUUUUCCCCUAUGCAGAGGAUGGUUAUAGGAAUGAUAUAGAGACAUCUUUUCGGUACAACAUCGAUGGUUCUAAAAAGAGGACAAGGAUAAGCAUGAGAAAGUUCUUUAGUUAUCGUGUUCAGAUGAAAGGACAAGAUUGCCAUAUGUUGUUACAAUCACGUAGGCUUUUCCAACAAUUCUUGGUUGAUGCAUACACAAUGAUAGAGGCUGAAAGGCUUAAUUUUCUUAGAUUCAGCCAAUGCAAGUUAAGAGUUGAGAAUUAUAGAGUCCUACACGAAUUAUUUACUAGAGGUGAAGCUGAUGCUGUUGUCACUGGCCAACAUGUUUGCACUAUUGAGUUUCAAAAAAGAGGGCUACCACAUGCUCAUAUUAUUUUAUUCACACAUCCAUCUGCAAAGCCAAAAUCACCCUCAGAUAUUGGUAGGCACAUUUCUACUGAGAUACCUGAUAAGAGGUCUAGGCCUAAAUUAUAUGCAGUAGUGGAGAAAUUCAUGGUUCAUGGCCCUUGCGGGAAGUACAACAAGGAUAGCCCAUGCAUGAUUAAUGGCAGAUGCAGUAAAUUCUUCCCUAAGCCAUUACGUGUUAGGACCAUUACUGAUGAGGUUGGUUUUCCGAAGUACAAGAGGGUUGAUAAUGGUCGUACUACAUCAAAGAGGAACGUGUUGCAUGAUAAUUCAUAUAUUGUUCCUUACAAUCCAUCUUUGUUAUUAAAAGUCACUGCAUCAUUCUUCCAGACAUCGGAUGAUGGUUGUGGAAUGCAAGUUGUUGACAAAAUACGUAAUUACUAUGAUUGCAGCUACAUAUCUGCAAGUGAAGUAGCUUGGAGAAUAUUUGGUUAUGAUAUUCAAGUGAAAGAACCUGCUAUUAUUAGACUUCCAUUUCAUCUACCAAAUGAGCAUUCGAUUGUUUUUAGAGACAACGAAAGCAUAGAAGAUGUAAUUGAACGUGCCAAUGGGAAGCUGACUAAACUAUUGGCAUGGAUGGCUGCUAACAAAAGAUAUGAAAUUGGUAGGGCACUUACAUAUAGUGAGUUUCCGAAUAAAUUUGUAUGGAAGAAGGAUCAUUCUAUGUGGGUUCCAAGGAAGAUAGGCUUCUCAAUAGACCGUAAUGUUUGGAAAAUAUGCUACAAACAUUUUGCAGAUGAUAUUUUGUUUGAAAUGAGAAGGACACACUAUAAUCAAGAGUUGUGCUUAACAGAUGAACAGAUUCUGAACCUCACUCUCAUAAAGGUUGAAGAACAGAUGCAAACAAAUGGCAGAUCACUUAGAGAUUUUAAAACCAUGCCAUACCUAUGUGAAAAUGAUAUUGAUGGUUUAGAUGAUAGAAUGAUUAUUGAUGAGCUUAAUUUUGACCAUGGUAUCUUACAUUUACGAUGCAAUGAGUCAAUACAGAAAAUGACUGAUGAACAACGCCAUGCAUUUGAUGAGAUUGUUAAGGCUGUUCAGUUAAAUUUAGGUGGAUUCUUCUUUCUAUAUGGAUACGGUGGAACUGGUAAAAUAUUCCUGUAUACAGCACUCUCAACUGUAAUAAGAAGCAAGGGUGAUAUUGUGCUAAAUGUUGCAUCAAAUGGUAUUGCUGCUCUCUUACUACCUAAUGGGUGCACUGCUCAUUUGAGGUUUAGGAUACCAUUUAAUAUUAACGAGGACUCUGUUUGCAAUAUUAAACAAGGUUCAUCAUUAGCCCGUCUGAUUUGCAAGGCAAAAUUUAUCAUAUGGGACAAGGCUCCAAUGUUAAGUAAGUACUGUUACGAAGCUUUAGACAAGUCGCUGAAGGACGUCUUGAGGUUUGAAACUAACUACAAUCAGGAUGAACCUUUUGGUGGUAAGGUUGUGGUAUUAGGUGGUGAUUUUAGACAAAUUCUACCCGUCAUUCCUAUGGGUUCACGUCAAGACAUCAUUCAAGCAUCAAUAACAUCAUAUCUAUGGAAUCGAUGCAAAGUAUUGAAACUCACCAAGAACAUGAGGCUUAAUAGUGGGGUAAACUUACUACACCAGGUAGAAGUCGAUGAAUUUGCAAAAUGGAUUCUUUUGAUUGGAGAUGGUUUAACUGGUGACUCAACAGAUGGUGAAUCUGAGGUAUUGAUUCCAGAUGAGUUAAUCAUACCUGAUGAAGACAAUUCUUUCGAAAGGUUGGUACGAUUUGUUUAUCCAAAUUUUUUGUCUGGAUGUAAAGAACCUGAUUAUUUCAAGGAACGUACCAUCCUUGCACCUACGUUGGAAGUAGUGAACGAGGUAAACAACAACAUGAUGGAAUCACUGCCAGGUGAUGAAAGGAUUUACUUGAGUUCUGAUUCAUUAUAUGUAGAGGAGAGUAACAUGGAGGUUGAGUUGGAUACAUUUAGUAUGGAUGUUUUGAAUGCAACAAAUUGCUCAGGGAUAUCUCCACAUAAAUUAAAAUUAAAACCUGGAGUACCUGUCAUGCUUCUUAGAAAUAUUAACCAAUCAAACGGUCUUUGCAAUCGUACCAAGUUACAAGUCAGAAGGAUAGGCAAGCAUGUUAUUGAGUGCAUGGUUUUGACCAGGAAUAGAUCAGGUCAGGUUAUAUUGAUACCUCGAAUAAACAUGGUUCUAAAUAAUGAGAUUCUACCAUUUAAAUUUUAG